GAAAAAAGUGGAGUACAGACAAAUAUACUCGAAAUAGUCCAAAGCAAUGUAACAAGGACUGCUGAACUAAGGGAAAACGCAGAGAGUGAUGGAAGGUGGGUUUAUUGAAAUCCCAGUGUAGCACACGCCCCAUCAGAUUACAUCGCAAGUGUCAGCAAGUGAUUCUGUCUCUGCAAUGGAGAACUACAGCGCAGACGACUCCUUUCUAUUUAAAAGGAGGAGCACAAUGUCCAAUCCUCCCUGUGCUCCGUCCAACACACCCGGACAUCACAGUUCAGAUGCAGAAAAUGUGGAGGAGCGGCAUAAAUAUGAGAGGAUGGUCAGCGAGUCUCUGCAGGCUGUCGAUCCAAAUCUGCAGGAGCUCUCAGGCAGGAGGAAACCAGCAUUAGUCAGGUCAAAGACCUUCGACCACUCACUGCUGACUCAGGUUCAGACAGAGUCGGACUCCAAGAUAGAGAGGAAGAAGUCUCACUACAGCCAGCUUUCGAAGAGCAACUGCCAGUACCAUAAAAUAUUUAAGGAAAUCAGCAAAGAGGAACAGCUCAGACAGAAAAAGGAUCUCCUCAGUGUUUUGCGGAUUCCCCUCAGCAACCUGAUGCUGUUUAUCUGUUUGUCAGGUUACACCUGUGCCCUGCAGAAAGACAUCCUCUACCAGGGGCGAAUGUUUGUCUCUGACCACUGGAUCUGCUUCCACUCCAAGGUGUUUGGCAAAGACACAAAGAUCGCCAUCCCAGUGAUGUCCGUCACUCACAUCAAGAAGACCAAAACUGCCAUCCUGGUACCAAACGCUCUGGUGAUCGCCACCGCAAACGACAGGUAUGUGUUCGUGUCCCUCCUGUCCAGAGACAACACCUACAAGUUAUUGAUGUCCGUCUGUCUUCAUCUGGAGGAGAAAAGUCCAUGCAGCAGCCCCAUCCCCUCCUCAGCUGAGAACAGCUUCAGAGGUCAGAGGUCACCUCUGUUGCCUCGCUUUCCUCUGAGUUUUCCUGGUGAUUUCAGUGAUCUGGACGGAGCAGUGAGACAGAGGAGGCAGGAGAUGGAGGAGAGCAGCAGCUCUGACUCCCAGACCCCCGACUACGAGAAGAUAUCCGAGUUCCCUGUUCCUCAGUUUCUGGAUGUGUUGAAGCACACAGACAGCGCAGCCCCUCCUGAACGUCCAGACCAUCAGCACAAAGAGAGGGUCCAACAUCAGAACCAGCAGAGCUCUGAGGACAAGCAGCACAGCACUCUUCAAACUGGCUCGGAGCUCGUGAUUGACAGCAGAACUCUAAAACCAGUUUCUCUCAACACUUUGCUGUUUGUCUACCUGUUUCUAGUGUGUGUCCUAGUCUUGUCUUCCUGUUACCUGGCCUUUAAGAUCACGUCGUUGGAGCAGAGACUGACGAAGCUCGGCUCUGUCACCGAGUUCAACCACCAGGAAAAUGACUUUCUGCGGGUGAGUGACGUGAACACAGAGCUUUUCUCUGAGCUACUGACCAUCAACCUGAUGAAGCUGGAGAAGGUCAGUCAGUCUGUCUAUCUAUCUGUGUCCUACAGGUUAAAUUUAAGAUGGAGGAAAACCCUGUGAAUUUGUUUCUUAUUAACAUCAUGUUUCUUGUAAGUUGCCUGGGAGGAGAUUUGGGGAUUUGGGGGAUUUGUGGGAGUAUGUCUUGAACAAAAAGUUCAAGACAUACUCCCACAAAUCUUUCCAUACAAAAACGUGGAAGAUGGUGAAAAGGCAAAAAUAUCUUGGAAUUUAUCAAAGUGAUUUAAGUUGACAGUAGAUCCGUUUCUCCUCCAGUAUUGUGUCUAUAACCAAAGAAAUGUUGGUUGGUGUUGACCAUAGUCCCAUUGCUUUUUCAUUUGUCUAUAUAGAAGCAUUUCUUUUUUUCUGGAAACAUAAUCAAAAAGUAGAGGAAAAAAGUAGAUUUUUAACUAUCCAAUUCUUGCAUGGAGUUCUGAGCCAAUGCAGCCAAAUUAACUUUUAGUUAACUCUGCUGCAUAAUCACUUUUUCAUUUUCAACUUCAGUUACUCAAUUGCUGCAAUUAGACAGGGGUAAACUUGUGUUAAGGAUGUCCCUUCCACAACAUGCCAACCACAUUGUGUCAGAAGCAGAACAGGGAAAUUUCAGCACAAGAUUCCAGAGAGCAAAGUGUAACCAGACCCUUGUUGCCGUUAAUCAAACAUUUAUAGUCAGUGAUCUGUUCACAGAGAGUGUGGAUUUCCACUGUAAGAAGAGCUUGUUUUUCAUCCAUCAGUCUGCACUUGGUGGGUCUGAGCAACAUUAACAUUUCAGGCUGACACUCGUCUCCUUCCAAACAAACAACAGCAGCUGACAGCCAGGCUCAUGAUGACAAAUGUGACAAAAAGUGCAGUUUCAUGUACAAGACUCAAAACAGGAUCAGAUUGUAAUUGUCUAGUCCACUUUUAGAUCUAGAUAGGAAAUGUGUAUAUAUUUGUAUGUGCCCCCAAAUACAUCACAAUUACUUUCAUGUGAGCAGUGCAAGAAUCUACUCCCUUAUCUUCAGUUUUGAAAAACAAUACAUUCCUUAACUGACACGACCUAAUAGUACAUACACAGAAAUGAUUGUUUUAAGUGGAGUUGCACAAUGGAACUAUUUUUUGCAUAACAGCAGCCCGGCGCAGUGACUUUGCACGGCUUCCUGAAGUCUGGUCAUCACAAGAGGUAGCCAAGUUUGGACAAAAACCUGUACUGAAUGACCGUAUCUGGCAACCCGUACUAUAGCUGCACACGCAAGCACAAAAUUGCUGGGCAGAUGGACACACUGUUGUUUGUCAGGAAAUAGUUCUUGCACCAAAGUCCCCCUAAAACCACAUCAUGUUGUUUUUUUACAUUUCUGUUUGUGUACAGAUUAAACAGAAAACUUAGUAGGUAAUUUUAAACACUGGACAGAGCUAGUCUAGCUGCUUUCCCCUCAUCCAGUCUUUCUGCUAAGCUAGGCUAUGUGCCUCCCAACUCCAGAGGUGUGAGACUGGUAUUGAUCUUCAUUUCACUCACAGAAAGGAAGUAAAUAAGCUAACCAGCUUACUUAUAGAGCUAUAUGUUAGUAUAGCCAAUUUGACCAUGGCAGGUUACUAAUCCAGAUAACUUGUGAUAGAUUAGCUAUAAUUUAAUUUUCAGUAAAUAACAUUAUGCCAUUCCCUCUGAGAGUACUCUAGAAAGCUCUGCAAGCAGUGGAACGUGAUACAAGAUUACAAGAGCUUGUAGAAAUGUACAUUAGAACUUAUAGUAAAGGCUGUGAACUAUACUAGACAUAUUGACCAAAAAAAAACAUCCAUUAUCAUUAGAUAUUAAAUUAAUGUGCAUAUGAGCAUGAUGCCACACAGCAUAGAGUUACAGUAACACACAGCGUCUGUUU